AUGCGUUUCACUACUAUGCUUGCUGCUGCUGUUACAGCAUGGGCUACUACAGCUACAUGCGCAGCCACUCCCUUCAUUCGCAGUGAAAUCUCUGGCACGUGUUCCGAAGAUCUUGGGCAGCUCGGCAAGAAGCUAUCAAAUUCUUCCAAGAUCUACUGCCCCGGAUCGCCCGAGUUCGAGAAGGCUACUACUCGUUGGUCUGUUCUGGACGCUCCCAAAGUCAACAUUGUAGUUGUUCCUGGCACUGAACAGGAUGUUGCCACAACGGUCAAGUACGCUAAUGACAAGAGCUUACCCUUUCUCGCCUACAAUACGGCCCACGGAGCGAUUACAACUCUGGGACGAAUGGAUCACGGCAUUGAGAUCUAUCUGAACCAAUUGAACACAGUCGAAGUCGCUGCAGAUGGCAAGACUGUUACUAUUGGUGGUGGUACGCAGUCUAAGAAGGUCACGGACACUCUUUGGGCAGCCAACAAGCAGACCGUGACUGGAACCUGCGAGUGCGUCAGCUAUAUGGGCCCUGGCCUCGGAGGGGGACACGGUUGGCUCCAAGGCCAUCACGGUAUCAUCGCAGAUCAGUGGGUCUCCAUGAAUAUCGUGCUGGCCGAUGGCUCCUUCAAGACCAUUAACAAAGACUCCGAUCUUUGGUGGGCCCUAAAGGGUGCUGGUCAUAACUUUGGGAUUGUGACUUCCAUCACGUCCAAGGUCUAUGAGAUCCAGCACCGCGACUGGGCUAUUGAGACUCUUGUUUUUAGCGGCGAACAUAUUGAGCAGCUUUACCACACCGCUAACGAGCAUCUGCUCCGCAAACAGCCCGAGGGUCUCAUCAACUGGAGUUACUGGGUGCACGACCCUACUGCUGACCCUGAGAACCCCAUCAUUCUUUUCUGGCUGAUCCAAGAGGGUGUCAAGACCAUCGACCCCGAAAUCUCCAAGCCCUUCCAUGACCUCAAGCCCCUCGUCAUCAGUCCCGAGUCUGGUGACUACCGUGACCUGGCCAGAUGGACUCAGAUUGAUAUCGAUGCUGCUCCAUGCCAAAAGAACGGCCUCGUCAACCCUCGUUUCCCGCUAUAUCUCCAGGAGUACAAUGUCGCCGCCAUGAAGAACGCAUGGGAUCUGUUUGCCGCCGAGACUGGCCCUGAGUCUCCUUUCAGCACUUCCAUCUUUAUGUUCGAAGCCUACUCUACUCAAGCCGUGCGUGGUACCAAAGCAAAGGACUCUGCCUUUGCCUUCCGUCACGAAAACAUCCUCACUGCUCCUUUGAUUACUUACAAGCCUGGUGAUGCUGCACUUGACAAGAAGGCUGCCAAGCUUGGAAACGACCUGCGUGAUAUUCUCUACAGAGAGUCUGGUCAGUGGAAUAUGAGUGUCUAUGUCAACUAUGCUUUCGGCAAUGAGAAGCCAAGUGACUGGUACGGAGGCGAGGCCUGGAGACAGGAGCGUCUGCAGAGCUUGAAGAACAAGUAUGACCCUGAGGGUAAGUUCAGCUUCUUUGGCCCAAUUGCGUAA